AUGCGCGCCUUCGCACUGCCCAAGUUCCUCAACUCCGGCUCUUCCUGGACACGAAGACGAUACCCUGGUGCGUUGUGCUUCAACAUCGCCUCCUUUAUACUUCCUGCGUUGUACAGCACCUUGGUCAAGCUAUGGGUUGCCAACAUUGAUUCGAAAAUGGUGGUGACCACCGACGUAUAUACCUACAUUUUGAUCGUUGCCGAAGUCGUCAAUGAAGGUCUGCCCCGAGCCGUGUGGUCCACCAUUGGCGACGCGACUGUCGCGUACGAGCACCGUCUCUCCCUCACGUACACGCUUAUUCUGGUCCAAUCACUUGUCGGGCUCGUCCUAUCAGUCGUCAUCUGCUCGGCAGCUCCUGCGUUCGCAAACGGCUUCGUCCCUCCAGAAGUCCGCCGGCAAAGCACAACAUAUGUUCGCAUCUCUGCGUUUUCCGCCCUAAGCAGCGCCAUGGAAGCUGCUGUUGCCGCGUCCACGCGGGCCCUAGAUAAACCUGACGUCCCGCUCGUGGUGAGCGCCAUCAAGUUUGCCGCCAACAUCUGCCUGGACAUGCUUUUCAUUUCCACCUUCCACGUUGGAUCGGUAGAGCCGACCGUGGACAUGCAGGCGAGCAUUCAGCUGACGUGCAAUCUUGCCGCUGCGUUUGGAGGGCUGGUGUACUUCCUUGCAAGACAAAUGGCCCGGAAGGGACCGGGCCGCUCAGGGAGAGCAAAGCCGUCGAUUCGUGCGUUAUGGGUGCUUGUUCCACCUGGAAUACCGACGCUGAUCGAGUCUGCUGUGCGGAACGCCUUGUACCUCUGGCUCAUACACACCAUCGUUGGACUCGGAGCAUUGUACGCUACGGCAUGGGGUGUGUUCAAUACCAUACGUUGGGGUCUGGUCAUGGUUCCGGUUUCCGCCCUCGAGGCCACGACGCUGACCUUUGUCGGCCACAACUGGGGUGCGUGGAAGAGCCGAGCCUCGGAGUCGGGGGAUUCUUCGCUGCCCAGGUUGUCUGAGCUGCUGGGCAUUGCUAGACCAGCUUUGGUAUCCAUUUGUCUCGCCAUCGGGUUUGAAGUCCCGGUUUGUCUGUUCAUGUCCUUUCUGGGCGCACGCCCAUUUGCCAGAUACUUGAGCGGGAGCGACGAGAUAGCUGGGUUGACGGCUCAUAUGUGGAAGACGUUGGAUUGGGUUUACAUUCUGUAUGCCGUCUCCAUCCAGCUGGCUGCUGUCUUGUUGGCCACGAGACCCAAGUGGUAUCUGCUGCAGAGUUUGGCCACCAACUUGCUAUAUGUAUUGCCUUGGGCAAUAGUUUGCCAGGUGUCGCAUUUGGACGCACAAAAUGCGUGGACAUAUCAUGCAAUGGUGUUUGGGGGCAGCAUGGUUUUCAGUUUCGUUUGCACCCCGACUGUACUCGGUCUGUGGGCUUGGGGUCUGAUUUCCGGCAGGGCUCGAGUGUGGUAA